UUCUGUACCGGAGUGACUCCUGGUGGCCGAAUCAGGCCGAGCUGGAAAUGCAGGACCAAGGCCCCGAAGAAGGAUCGUUGGGUGUCCGGAAAGCUCCUCAGAUCCUCCAGGCUGUGACUGUUGGAGAGGACCUUCAGAGAAUACCCGUUGCACAGAUUAAACAGGAACCGGGCGAAGGGCCGCUUCAGCAGUGGGAAGCCCAGUGGCAGGAGUUUCUGAAGACCGUGGAGGCUCCUCUGGCACGCUGGACCGUGGGACCUUGCCUGGAGGAACCCCCAGAAGUCCCGUGGGAUGAUGUCAAGGCGUUCCUGGCCUCCUUUGAGCAAGUGGCCGCAGCCUGCCAGUGGCCCCGGGACGAGUGGGCGGCUCGACUUCGGCCGGCCCUCCGAGGGGAGCCCGAGCGGGCUUUUCGCGCCUUGGAGGGCCAGGACAGAGAGGAUUAUGGGAAAGUGAAGGCCGCCAUCCUGCAAAGAGAUGCCCUGAACCGAGAGAAGCACCGCCAGCACUUCCGGCGCUUCUGCUACCAGGAAGCCGAGGGGCCGAGAGGGGCUUACGGCCGGCUGCGGGAACUCUGCCAGGGGUGGCUGAAGGUGGAGAGGCUCACCAAGGAGCAGAUCCUGGAGCUGCUGAUCCUGGAGCAGUUCCUGGCCAUCCUUCCCCCGGAGAUCCAGCGCUGGGUACGGGAAGGUGGGCCCGAAAGCUGCACCCAGGCGGUGUCCCUGGCGGAGGAUUUCCUGUUGAGGCAGCAGGAGUCCGACCGAUGGGAGCAACAGACAUCGAUGAAGUUUGCCGAAGCAGCCACCGGCUCCAUGAAGGCAGAGCCGGCUCCGUCCUCCCCCAGAGAGAGCCAUCUGCAUAAGGAGGCUGAAGCGAAACGAAGCCAGGCGGCUGGCUUGCUGAGCGACACACAGAAAGGUAUGACCCAGUCCGAGCUGGAUGAGAGUGGGGAGAAAAUUCCGGAAUAUUCCGGGCUGAAGAAGGAUAGAGAGAACAUUCUGGAAUACUCCACGCUGGCAAAAUCAGCUGUGGUGCCCCAAAAGAGAGCAAGGGAGACCGUUUCCCAGCUCGGAGAGGAGGGACGAAGCUCAGCGGAGCAACACAGCCCCAAGAGACAACAAAACAAGUGCCCAAAGAAUGGGACCAGAAAACCCCUCCCCAGGGUGGUGACCAAGACCCUCGGUGAAUGCCUCGUAGGGCUCAACCUUCAGGAGUCGGGCACCCUACGCAAGGAGAGCAUCAGGGAGGACUCAAGGCUUUCUGAAGGGUCUGAGUAUGGAAGAAGCUCCAGUCCCAAGGACCGCCUCGUAAAGCAGCCACGAAUCCACACUCUGGAAAAAAAUCACAAAUGCACCUACUGUGGGAAAUCCGGCUGCCAGGUUUUCCAUGGGGGAUCCCACGCCGGGAAGAAACCCUUCCAGUGCUCAGCCUGCGGGAAAUGCUUCAGCCGCAACUCGCUCCUCCAUAAGCACGAACGGACCCACGGAGGGGGGAAGCCCUACACGUGCCCCACCUGCAGGAAAAGCUUUGUUUACAGCUGGAACCUCAUCAAGCACAAGAAGAAGCACACGGGGGAGAGACCCCACCAGUGUUCGGCCUGCGGGAAGGCGUUCUUCGAGCGCUCGGACCUGAUCCGACACGAAAGGAUCCACACGGGAGAGAAACCGUACCGGUGUUCCCACUGUUGGAGACGAUUCAGCCAGAAGUGGCUCCUUAUGAAACAUGAGAUAACUCACAUGGGGUAGAGACCCUGCCGGUCUAUCAAGGAUGGGCAGGCAGAAAUCAUCUUUACAUCCAAGUCUUGUUUGCCGUACUAAAAUAGACAGAUGAGAGCAUCUACUUUUAAGGGGUGGCCUGUUCAGGGUUAAAUGCUGGCCAGGGAGCAGGCUGAAGCCAAUGGUGUAGGAGGCAACCACACCAGGCCAUAUGCACCCUUUUCUCUCACCCUCUUUUCCUGCCCUCCAGUUUUGUCUCUGAACUGUUCAGUGGCUGAGGUCCCUGGCCUGCAGAACCAGAGGUUAUGAGUUCGAUUCCCCCCACUGGGCCUCUCACGAGAAGAGCCAG